UCUUCCUCCUCCUCCUCCUCCUCCCCUCUCCGCCUGCCACCUCCCGCCUCCGGCCUGGGGAUGGAGGUUCCCCCCUGGAAGCGGGAGCUGCUGGAGCGGCGCCGGCGGGAGGAGGAGGCCGCGCGGCAGCGGGAACGGGAGCGCCGGGACCGCGCGGCCCAAGUGCCGCCCUGGAAGCGGGAGCUGCUGGAGCGGCGCCGGGCCAGGGGUGGGGGGCCGGUCCCGGCGGCCCCCCCGGGCGAUGGGGGGGGGUCGUCCCUGGGGGGGCUGAGCCGCAGCUCGGAGGGGCUGGAGCUGUGCGGGACCCCCGAGGGGCCGCGGGGCCGCGUCAGCCGCCUGCGCAGCCGCUUCGCCCCCCAGGGACCCCCCGGCAGGUCCCGCAGCUCCGAGGGGCUCCCCGACAGCCCCCCCAGGGGAACGGGGGGACCAGGGACACCAAGGGGACUGGGGGGAACAGGGACAUCAGGGACAACAACAGGGACACCAAGGGGACCAGGGACAUCAGAGGGACCAGCGGGAACAGGGACGGGGGUCAGACACCCCCGGGGGGACGGCCGAGACCCCCACGGCAGGCAGGGGACGGGGGACGGUCACCAGCAGGGGGGGGACAGGGGGUGGUCUGGGGCCAGCCAAAGGACAGGGGGCAGUGGAGGGACACGGAUUGGUCACCAGCAUGGGGACGGCUGAUGGUUUGGGGGCAGCCAAGGGACAGGGGGCAGUGGAAGGACAGGGGAUGGUCAAGGGCCACGGGUUGGGAACAGUCGAGGGACAUCAAGCGGCUGAGGCCCCCAGGAUGGGGACAGUGGAUGGUCUGAGGUCAACCAAGGACACGGGGACAGCUGAGGGUCAGCAGGUGACCAAGACCCCCUGGAUGUUCAAGGGACACACUUUGGGGACAGUGGAGGGUCUAGGGACAGCCGAGGGCAUGGGGACAGUGGAGGGACAAGGGACAGUCAAAGGACACGGGUUGGUCACCAGUGUGGGGACAACAAAAGAGGCUCUGGGGACGACCAAGGGACAGGGGACGGUCAAGGGCUGGGGGGUGGCCAAGGGGACAGCGGGAGGACAGGGGACAGCAGAGGGACAAGGGACAGGCAAAGGUCCCGGGUCAACCACCAGUGAGGGGCCCGAGGAUGGGGAGGGGUCAACCAAGGCCCCCGAAGGACAGGGGACGGCCGAGAUCCCCAGGGCAGGCAAGGGCCACGGGCUGGUCACCAAUGGGGGGUCACCUGAGGGGCUGGGGACAGCCAGGGGACAGGGGACAGUGGAGGGACAGGGGACAGUCAAGGGCAUGGUCAAGAGCUGGAAGGUGGUGGAGGGACGGGGGUCACCAGGGGGACAUCAGGGGUCACCAGGGGGUCAUC